GCAGAAAAUUUUAGUUGCAGUCUGUUCGAACAUGGCCUUUUUCAUAAUAGUAUGUCUCUGCAUGAUGUUCAUUAACGCUACUUUGGGGACUCCUUACGGAUUUGUCGCGGUACGAGGCAAAAAGGCAGAUCCAUUUUAUGACAUUAGCAGACUCGAUAUGCGCGACUUGCCUCUAGAAUUGUUUGAUGAACAUCAGAGCAUGCGACCCUAUGAGAACAAGUUGCUAGCUGAAUAUCUUGCUAGAUUAGAGAGUUUCCAAGAGAGACAAUGGGAUGGCGCUAGUACUGAUGGCCAGUAUAAGAGGACUCCGUAUAGACUUAUGGGCGUUAGAGGGAAAAGAUCGGCCAGUUCAUCAGAUGAGAUGAAUACGAAUUAACAUCAGAUUUGGGUACAACCGAAAAAGAAUCGAUAUGUUUCAAAAUGAAGUUACAUAAUU